UGAUGCCUGCCAAUCCCUCCGGAUCCGAAUCAUCUACAUUAUGUUACUUGAUACUUUAGCGUCGUGAUAGACAACGAUAGCAUCCCUUCAUGAUUUAGGGUUAUUUGACCACGAGACUAUAUCUGAUUCAAGACCGUCACAGCAGCGGCUAAGGCUGGUGUCACCAUCAGCACAUGCCAGAUGAGCCAAGCGACUGGGCCAAAGAAGCUUGCUCGGCGUGUCGCUGUAUGUAUCUGUCGGGCCAGGCUGGCUUGGGUAGAAUCCUAAUACACAAAUCAUAUGCCUUUAGAUUAAUAUCAUCAUCUCACUAUUAUGAGAAAUGGAUUGCAAUAUGGACUUCCCACGGAUCUGGUUCUCUCACCAAUACCUUCUCUUCCUUUCUUUGGUCAUUGCCCUUGCACCCCGCUUCGGCGAAGGACAAGUACAUCAUCUUUCAUAUUCACGUCAACAGGGCGAUCGAUGAUACUCCAUCGGAAAGCAGAGAGGAAUUAUUCAAGCCACUUCCUACUCCCCACUUUACACCUCCCUCUUACCGCUUGAGAGGAGGGCACAAGAUACGGAAUAGUACAUGGAAUGGCAUGGAUGAGCCAGGGAGAAAAGGAGGCAGACGGAACCAUCCUCAGCGUAACAUUCAGUUGAAGUUGGUCUGACUGUUGGGUUGUUGUUGUUUUGCUGCUCUGCUGCUGCUACCACUCGAUUGGAGCUCAACGAACCAAGAAAUCAGCACAGCUAGCUGGUCGAUCUCCCCUGUCAAACAGCAUUAAGAGCAUCAAGCACUCCUUACUAAAUCUACUACU